CCCCCCCGCCGCGGGCCCGGGUCCCCCCCCGCCCCGGGGCGGCGGCGGUGGCGCCGGGCCCCGGGGCGGGGGGCGCGCCGGGAUGGGCCCCAAGCGGCGGCAGCUGACGUUCCGGGAGAAGUCGCGGAUCAUCCAGGAGGUGGAGGAGAACCCGGACCUGCGCAAGGGCGAGAUCGCGCGGCGCUUUAACAUCCCGCCGUCCACGCUGAGCACCAUCCUCAAGAACAAGCGGGCCAUCCUGGCGUCGGAGCGCAAGUACGGGGUGGCCUCCACCUGCCGCAAGACCAACAAGCUGUCGCCCUACGACAAGCUCGAGGGGCUGCUCAUCGCCUGGUUCCAGCAGAUCCGCGCCGCCGGCCUGCCCGUCAAGGGCAUCAUCCUCAAGGAGAAGGCGCUGCGCAUCGCCGAGGAGCUGGGCAUGGACGACUUCACGGCCUCCAACGGCUGGCUGGACCGCUUCCGCCGGCGCCACGGCGUGGUCUCCUGCAGCGGCGUGGCCCGCUCCCGCGCGCGCAGCGCCGCGCCCCGCGCCCCGGCCGCGCCGGCCAGCCCGCCCGCCGUGCCCUCGGAGGGCGGCGGCGGGCUCCCCGCGGGCUGGCGCGCGCUGGACGAGCAGCCGCCGUCGGUGGCCGAGGGCUACGCCUCGCAGGACGUGUUCAGCGCCAUCGAGACCAGCCUGUGGUACGACUUCCUCACCGACCAGGCCGCGGGGCUGUGCGGCAGCGACGGGCGGGCGCGCCGGGCCACCCAGCGCCUGAGCGUCCUGCUGUGCGCCAACGCCGACGGCAGCGAGAAGCUGGCCCCGCUGGUGGCCGGCAAGUCGGCCAAGCCGCGCGUGGGCCAGGCCGGCCUGCCCUGCGACUACACGGCCAACUCCAAGGGCGGCGUGACCACGCAGGCGCUGGCCAAGUACCUGAAGGCCCUGGAUGCCCGCAUGGCCGCCGAGUCGCGCCGCGUCCUGUUGCUGGCCGGCCGCCUGGCCGCUCAGUCCCUGGACACCUCGGGCCUGCGGCACGUGCAGCUGGCCUUCUUCCCGCCUGGCACGGUGCAGCCCCUGGAGCGGGGCGUGGUCCAGCAGGUGAAGGGUCACUACCGCCAGGCCCUGCUCUUCAAGGCCAUGGCCGCGCUGGAGGGCCAGGAUCCCUCGGGCCUGCAGCUGGGCCUCAUGGAGGCGCUGCACUUCGUGGCGGCCGCCUGGCAGGCUGUAGAGCCCAGCCACAUCGCCGCCUGCUUUCGCGAGGCCGGCUUUGGGGGCGGCCCCAAUGCCACCAUCACCACGGCCCUCAAGAGCGAAGGGGAGGAAGAAGAAGAAGAGGAGGAGGACGAGGAGGAGGAGGAGGAAGAGGAGGGGGAGGCGGGGGAGGAGGAGGAGGAGGAGGAGGAAGGAGAGGAGGAGGAGGAAGGGGGAGAUGGGGAGGAGCUGGGGGAGGAGGAGGAGGAGGUGGAAGAGGAGGGGAAUGUGGAGGACAGCGAGGAAGAGGAGGACGAGGAUGAGGAGGAGGAGAGCUCCUCGGAGGGCUUGGAGGCGGAGGACUGGGCUCAGGGAGUGGUGGAAGCCAGCGGGAGCUUCGGGGGCUACGGCACCCAGGAGGAGGCCCAGUGCCCCACCCUCCACUUCCUGGAAGGCGAGGAGGACUCUGACUCAGACAGUGAGGAAGAGGAGGAUGAGGAUGAUGAGGACGAGGACGAGGAGGAGGACGAGGAUGGCGACGAGGUGCCCGUGCCCAGCUUUGGGGAGGCCAUGGCUUACUUUGCCAUGGUCAAGAGGUACCUGACCUCCUUCCCCAUCGACGACCGCGUGCAGAGUCACAUCCUCCACCUGGAGCACGACCUCAUCCACGUGACCAGGAAGAACCACGCGCGGCAGGCGGGAGUUCGGGGUCUGGGACAUCCCAGCUGAGCCCCAGCCCCGGUGCGGAGCCAUUCUGCAGCCCCAACGUGGAUGUGCAGCACCAGCCCGGGGAGGAGGCCUCCUGGGCAGUCGCUGUGGGUGGAGCCAGAGCGGGUGCCCCAGACCCUUGAGUCCCCUUGCCCCGGCCCCUCGACAGGCCCAGUGACCUCGGUAGGGCCAGGGUCAGCCUCACUGCCUGCUUGUUGCCUCUAUCUCAGAAUCCUCUUUCCUCCCCAGUUGCCCCUGGGUUUGGGGGUCCAGGCGGGGAGGGCGGGGAGCUGUCCGGUGCUAGCACACCUUCUGUCCCUCAGUGGACUCGGCCAGCGCCCAGCCAGGGAUGGGCCCUGGCAGCUCCCGGCCGGAGAGUGCCUCUCCCCUCUGCCACCCGCACCAGGUUGUUGGUGGGGGGGACCCCAAAGCCAUUCUGGGAAGGGCUCCAGAGGAACUUCCAGCCUAGGCUGGCAGCCCCCCCCACCCCCGCCCCCUGGGCCACCUUGAGAAGCACAGUCUAACCGCAGGCUCCAAGCCUGCCCUCUGCCUGCUUCCCCGCCCCCAGCCCCGUUCCCCCUGGCCUGGUCCAUGUUUCUUUGGCUCUUGGUUUUCUUUCCAGAUUGGGGGUUCCCGAGAGGGCUACCAGGGGAGUGGUAAUGGGUGCUUCCCUUGUGGGCAGCUGCAGGCCCCAGGCCUCUCCUCCCUCUCUGGCAGGGCCCUAACCCGGGCAGGGGACCUGGGGCUGGGCCCAUAGUCCAGCCGUCCAGCUGCCCCCUUCCCAGUUUGAAUAAAUAAAUUCAAUAAACCUGUCCACCCCCCUUUGGCGGGGGUGAACGUUUUAACAGCCAA